AGAAGGAGCGCGGCGGCGGCGGCGGCGGAGACUUGUCGCGGGCAGCGUCGGGGGGUUGCGCGACGUUUGAAGUGCAGUGCAGGGCAGUGCAGGGCGGCGGCGGCGGGGUCGGGGUUAUGUGCAGAGCAGGCGUGGUGGCAGCAGCAGCAGCAGCAGCAGAAGCGUGACCUGUCCAGGUGGUGCGUUUGGGGACGUGAUGCUGAGCAGACGGGCGUGUGUGGAUGCGAGGGAGACGACUCGGCGUGUGGACGCUGACCUCGGGCGUGACCGCUGUUUUGCCUCUGUGCCUACCCACGUUUCUGCGCCUGUCUAGCUCUCCCACUAGUGUCAGACGCUCUCGUGGCAAGCCCGAGUGCGAGUGCGAGUGCGCGGCGGGUACCUGGCAGCGUGCUCAGGUGAGUGGCCUGAUGGGCGGUUGGUGUUGAUGGCGGUGCUGCCGUCGUGGUUGUUUUGCGCGCGGCGGCGGUCG